AUGGCUACUCUGCAUUUAUUACAUGAGGACACCGAGGCCGCCCGUUUCGAUGCACACAAACUCCGCCACAUUGACUCCACGAGAAGCCGCAGCGAGCACCACAUUAGAGCCGUCGACUUUGCAAAGUUGUUCGUCUCGAUUUCUGAUCUCGCCCUCACCCAGAAGAAGGCACCAACUACGUGUAAUCUUGGCUCCUCAUGUUAUCCUAGCGAGCAGGGCAUGUUCCAGAUGGUUGUCUCCUCCAGAUCUGCCCCCUGCGAUGCCCAGCCCGCAGAGUCUCUCAUCUCAGAGAGUGCCAUCGACUCGGCUACCGACGACGAUUACGUUGAGAGCGCUAUUGACGAUGACGACUCUUCGGAUUGGGAGGACUUUGUGCAAGACAGCGGCAAAUCGAGAGUUGACGCGAAGUUCUUCCAGCGCGUUGAGUCUAAGGCCAACCUGGUCUCCCACCGUUCGCUCAUCAGUCUUAUGCUUGCGCAGACAGAACGGGUGCCAAAAGAAUAUCAGCAACAAUCAUCCCACUCUGCCUGUGCCGUCGUGCGAUCGCGCGCUGGACCCAGUGGGCGAACAGCCCUGGGCGUCUCUCCCAACGAUUCCGAUGAGGGUCCACUGAUGCUGAAGGGCACGCGUCCUUCCGUUCUCCAGCCUCUCAUCGAGGCGCCACGGUCCAGCGCCCGAUCUAUUGUCACCCCUACCAACGUGCACGCUCAAGCAGUCCUGUUGCCGCGCACUCGCUGCAACGUGCUUGCCACCGAGCUCCCCCAGUUCCCUGAGAAGCCCUUUCUAAAGAAGAGCGAGGACGCCAACGCAAGCAGUCUGAAUCAGCAUUUCAUUACGGACGCGUUUGACGGCUACCAUUCCAAAGGCUGGUGA